AUGAGGCUAUUGAAUACCAGCACGCUGAAAUUGCAAGACUUCCCAGGGGAAGUUCCCGCCUACGCCAUCCUGUCCCAUACCUGGAACGGGGAUGAAGUCACGUUUGAAGACCUGAGGGCUUGUGGCAAAGCCGGCGCCGCUGUCUGGCUGUCUUCGCAGCCACUCGACGUGCGGCAGAGAUGGAAAAAGGUCGUUUGCAGCUCGCGCGUGGCGCGCAACGAGGGCUUCGAGUGGAUCUGGGUCGACUCUGUUUGCAUCGAUAAGAGCAGCAGCGCAGAGUUGUCUGAAGCCAUCAACUCCAUGUUCACGUGGUAUGAGCACUCCAAGGUUUGCUUCGCCUUUCUGGCCGAUGUUAUGGACGCCGAGGAACUCGAGAAGAGCGCAUGGUUCACGCGCGGCUUCACCCUGCAAGAACUCCUCGCUCCUAGAGAAAUGGUGUUUUACGCCAUGGACUGGCAUCCCAUAGGCUCGCGGACUGAUCUGUCGAGCCGCAUUAGGUCUGCCACAAACAUCAGUGAUGCUGUGUUGUGGCGCAGCCCCGGCCUCGAUGCGCGGACCUCGCUGGAUCGGAUAUCUGUGAGCACCCGAAUGUCCUGGGCGGCAGGGCGGAAAACCACUCGCCCAGAAGACCGCUCAUACUGCCUUCUGGGACUGUUCGGGAUCCAGAUGCCCCUGCUCUAUGGCGAGGGCUCUGAAAGAGCGUUCCUGAGGCUUCAGGAAGAGAUCUUGAAGCUUUCGGAGGAUGACACCAUCUUCGCGUGGAGGAUGACCGCGGAUGAAGCCAACAAGAAGCCGUAUUGGGGGCUCCUGGCGACAGACCCGGACCACUUUGCCAGACGUGAUGGCAUGGAGUUCCGGGUGCCACGAGUAACCACCCGUACUCGGCGGGCGACUGUUCUUGUCCACCAGGGUGUCCAGAAGGACAUGUCUCUGAUCCCCAUGAAGGCUGAUCCGUCAGGCACCAUCUACUUUGCCUUGAUCCACGCAGUCGAUAGCCAGAGCGAUGACAACAGACUGACUACGAUCAUUCUGCAGAGGGUGUCGGAUAUGAGGCGCCACUAUGUCCGCAUCUGUCCCCAAGCUCUAGUCUUCUUCGCCCACGGCCGGACGACUAAGGCGUUGGAGAUGCCUCCAGGCCUCUUUACUGACGGUGUCCAGGUCUCGGAGCAAUCGUCCGAGUGGCAAGGUGCAAUCCAGCACUAUGUCUUUGCAAGACAGGUUAACAAGGACUCCACACUCACCAGCGGUUUCUAUUUCUACUCUCCACACCGCAUCGUGUGCGACAAGGCCGAGCUACCCAAUCUGGUUGUACUUUGCUCACCCACACAAUACUCUAUGGGAGGCGAAGUAUCUGAGGGGUUCCAUGUGCGACAUGAAUCUUCGACUGACCAGCCCUGGUUUUCAUUCACACUCAGUCUGGGUGCGCACACGCCGGACUGGCAGAGGAAGUACGAAGCCAAGAAUGUACAGACCCGGGUCUUCCUAGGAUGUCUCAGCCUUCGCAUCGAGUGGGGGCUUGGCAGAGAACUCCGCUCGGCGAAUGUGUGUCUCGCUGUCGGUCUCGAGCCGCUCCCGGACAACCCCUUUGGAACGCCUGCUGGCUUUGUCAGGCCGUGGUACGCUUUUAUUCCAAGAUUUGUAGACCACUGGUCCUCAGAUAUCGAGACCAUAGAUCGUUAUCUUCUCACCGAAGCCGGAGACUACCUGGUGGUGUCUUUUCCGAAAAUCGAGCUGGCAGAUAGGCGCUUUUACAAUAUUUGCUUCGAGGUGCGAUCAGUGGAAAGUACAUGA